UUUGAGUCAAGCCUAGGCAACUUAGUGAGGCACUAGGCAACUUAGCCAGACCCUAUCUCUAAAUAAAAAUAAUGCAGUGCAACUUGGAAAAAGCAUCAGAGCACUUGGGCUCUAGAGCAUAUACACGGAACAAUGCAUACAGGGUGAGCAUCCUAGAUAUUUGACACACAUAUGCCCCUUGGGGUCCUCUUGGUGUGAGGUGCCUCCAGAAGCCUGCUCCAAUGCUGUUCCAGGGCACACAGCCUUGGGGCCCAUGGAACCAUGUUGCUACCAUCAGCAGAGACCAGGAGCCCUGGGAGCUGAUUCUUCCUCAGCCUUUGCAGCCAGAGCAAGAGAGCAAAGCUGCAGGAGGCUAGGGAAAGCUGAGCUUCGCCUGACACUGCAGUGUUCCCAGCUGACACUCUGCAGGCUAUGAGAUCAGGCCCUGCUAGCACUGCACCCUCCCAUGUCCUCUCCUGCUACUGGGAGGCUUCUUCAAUGCAGUCCUGUACAGAAAUACCCUGUGCCUGCUGCUGGCCAGGCUCGACAGCCUGCAAGGCCUUUGCCUGCUGGUCAAAGCCAAGAAUGGGGCAGCCUGGGAGGUACUAAGGGCUGAGGCCACUGGGAGGGGACUUGGUGAUAAAGGAAUGACUCCAGCCAGGACGAGGGCAUGAGUAGAGGAGGCUCUACGGCAGGCAGAAGAGGUCCCAGAAUGGGCCUGGUGCCAGCUGAGCUGAGGGCCUCCAGGGCAGCUGGUGCCAGAAGACAGCCAGCAUUGGUACCACGAGAAGCUCCAGCUCAGGGUCAGCCCAGGACCUGGGAGGAGAGGGUGGGCCCCCUCCCACUGCAGCAACAAGGCCACACCCCACCACAGCAGCCCUGAGCAAGUGGGACAUGUCUCCAGGAAGUGCUGACCUGGUCUUUUGAUGUUCUUAAGUGACACCGGGGCCCAGCACUCAACACAGCUUCAUGACAGAGGAGGGCCUCAGCUCAGUAAGUGGAGCUGCACUGGCCGGAGGACCCUGUGGCUGUCCCCGGCAGUGCCCCUCCCAGCCAUCCUGACAGGCUCUCAGAGGCACCUUGCACUUGAUGGGGAUGUGUGAAGCUGCCUCUGGGUGCAGGCACCAGGCUCCACACCCCCUUUUCAAAUAAAGGCAGGUGGUCCAGGCUGGGGAGACCUGCCAUGGCCACAGCCACACGGGGUGUCUCUCUCGGCCUGUUCCUGGGCAGUCUGCCAGUGCCGCAAGGGCCGGCAUGUGGCUGCCACCACCUGGGCAGGGCCCAAAGAAAAGCUCCCACCUACCCUGUCCUGGGGGCUGUUGGACUGCUGUGGAGACCAGCUUCCUGCUAAGAGAUUGGCCAUGACCUCUGAGGCCUCUCCGAGAAGUCACUGUACCAGGUAGAAACCCAUCCCAGAUGCCUAGGCCCUGGGCAGGGUCUCCAGCACGUGCUAGAACAGAGGUGGGUGCAGAAGCCCUUCAUGCCUGCCUUCAUGCCUGUAAAAUGGGUUUUUUGUGGGGUGUGGGGUGGCAUCUGGGCCCCGUCUCAUGUGUCCCCUCUCUGAUCCCCACACUAUUCCCACUGCGGCCCUGCCAGGAUGUAGGAGAGGCAUGCAGCAGAGCCGAGCCCAGGAAGAGGACUCCACUGUGCUGACCAAUGUGACCUGCUCCGGGGCAGAGGAAGGGGGCUCUCACGGGAGUAUGGCCCUCUUCUCCCAGGCCCAGCAGGCAGGGUGCAGCAUCCUCUUCCCUCCCUGGGCUCUAGCCACAGCUGCCCUACCACAGUCAGGGCCUGCACGGCCCCCGCCCUGGCCAGAAGACUUUGAAAGACCUCUCUUCACUCCCCCAUCUGCCCAGGGGACUGCACAGUCCUACCUGGGCCCACUGCCUGCUCCUACACCAGCCUUCAUCGUCCUCCGGGACGAAGGUCUGAGCCUGGGGGAGCAGGACAGAGCCACCCAGGACAAGACAGACACACGCGCGUCCUGGAAGGAGACCUUUCUGGAAAACCUCUGUGCAGCUGCAUUGCGUGUAGAACGGUCACCUGGACAGGGGGCUGUGAGCAGAUCCCAGGGACCUAUGGCCUUGCCCCUGGGCCUAAGGGCCUGGUAUCCAGAGCCCUGAAGAAAAAUAUGUCCCCAAGUCCUGCUGGACAUCCUGCCCCUCCGCGGGUUCCCUAUGGCUGGGGACCACUGGUCCCAGGCCAGCUUGAUGGCAGACCCCACGCAGCAGGCUAGGCUCACCACGGAAGCCCCCAUCUCUGAAGUCUUGGCUGCUGUGCUGUUCCCACUCAUCACUCCUGGCGUGUUCACGCUCUGACAGUGACCUGUCCUGCACGUGAGAGGCCACUUGGAGGAGUUAAGCACCAUUCCAGAGGUCAGGAGAAAGCAGGGACUGGCUCUGGGUGCUGGGUGCACAGAGAGCGGGGCUUGGGCUGCCGAGCUGCCUCGUCCUGUGACCCUGCUGCAGGCCUCUGGGGUCUCCUGCUCUCCGGUUCCUGACCACCUCCCUCUGUUUGGAGCAGCAGGGCGCUGCAGGCAGCUCUCCACCCUGGGGAAUCGGCUCUGAGUUUUAUGUCCGUCACCCUGCCCUGCCUCUCCUGGGCACCAGCUUCCCUGGCCUCAGGCUGGCAUGACUGUCUGUCCUACCUUGAUAGACCUGUUGGACGCAUCUCCUUGUCCAGGGCUCCGUUCUCCCACCUGCCUUCUGACUGAGGCCCACCUGCUGGGGCAGGGCUGCUUCUGGCUGUUGGACGUGUGUGUGGCGUGGUGGCCUGGGCUUCGUGACCCUUCCCCGGUUCCAGUGGGGCCCCCACACCCUGCCCAGGUGUUCCGACAGGAGGCCCAGUGCCUCUGCCGUCGGUAGCAAGUCAGCACCCUGUGGCUUGGGGUCUCCUCCACACUUGGCCUCUCAGUUCCUACCAGGCAGGAGGCAGAAUGGAAUCUCACAGUUUUUGUAACUACUUCAUUUACUGAAAUCAGCUGCUCCUCGGCUCCCUGUGGGACUGACCACUCCCUGUGGGACCACCUCCCGACAAACCCUUCCUAAACUGCAAGCCACAGGCAGGGGGUAGGCCCACCAGCUGCCCAGGGUGGCCACCUGUGCCCGUAGGCUCCUGGCUGCCCCCUGAGAGCACCCGGCCGGAGCCGUGCUCUUAGUCUGCUCACUGGGGAAUGAACCCAAGGGCAUUUAACCAUGAGCCACACCCCAGCUCUUUUCAUUUUUUAUUUUUGACAUGGUCUCACUAAGUUGCUAAGACUGGCCUUGAACUUGGGCAUAGGCCUUGGGAGGACCCAGAUGACUGCUGCCCCCUGAGGGCUGAGAACCCCUGGAAAAGGGGGUCUCUGGAGAACACACACUCAAUAGAGGCUCUUGCUCAUGGAACUGCAAGUCCCACCUCACCCUGCCCAGGGCUCCGGGGUGCCUGUCACACGGUGCACCCACACAGGAGGGACAGGCAGCAACUCCCACCUGUGCACACACACACUCCAACCUGUGUGCACGACAGGUACCGACUGCAGACGGGGCACGGAGAGCCAUGCUGAAUUCCUGGCCCCUCGACUCAGGAGAUGCAGGGGUCUCAGAGCCAGUGGGGCCAGGUUCCCUCGACUCAGGGAAGCAUCUCCUGGUGCUGGAGGAGGCCCGUUGCAAGUCGGCUGCUGACCUGCUGGCUGCAGGCAGAGUCCCAUGCUCAGACAGCAGGCGGCCACCAGGGCCAAGGAGACGCGGUCCUUCCCUAGGAGUGCACCAGCACCUGCCAUGGCCAGGCCCUCACAGAGCCCUCGGUGCCCACAGUGCCACAUGCAGGACCAGGCCUCCGGGGCGCACUUCAGCCCCCUGGGCGUCCUCUGGGCCGGGCCCUGGUGCUAUUGGAAGACCUGCACCUGAAGCUGCCCCUGCAGGACCGGGGUGCUGGGGCCAGGCCCAGAGGUCCCCCAGCACCCCGACUCAGGAUAUUCCCCGAGGACAGGUUCAAAGCCAAAGCCAGCAGCCCUGGAGGGCUCCCCUCUCGGGGGCACCCUCCACGGCUGGCCUGGGAGGGAGGGAUGGACUGACAGGUGUGAGGUGGCCAGCUGUGUCCCCUCCAGGCCCAGUCCACCCUGGCUGCUUGCCAAGGCAGCCCCAGCCUGGUACCUGUAGCUAGAGAGGUCAGAGACUGGAGUGACCCCAGGACCAUAUGCUGGACACAGGUCUGCUGGUGUGGGGACAGACAGGAACAUGCUGUGUGUCCUCUGUUGUCUCCUUCCUGCCCUGAUGGGCUCUGGCCUCAAAGGCACAAGCUCAGCAGCCCAGAGCCUGCCACAGGCUGAACCCAGCGCUCCUCCUCCCUGCCAGGGCCUUUGCCCAGGGCCUAGCUGGCAACCUGCAUCCACCUGCCCGCCAUGAUACUUCCUCUCGGGAGUGGAGCCACAGCCCAAGUGUCCUUGCAGGAGCUCCCCAGCCAGGCCUCCACUGGGCGUCAACACCCUGCUGGAGGACCUGCCCCAUAUGCCUCCUGAGCACUAUCCUUGCCGGUUCAGAGUGAGCAAGCUGUCACGGGAAGGCCCAGCUCCCUGAGGGCCUGGAAGGACGGCCUCUCCCAGGUAAGCCUGCAUGAGGACCAGGAGUGCGUGCAGGAACGGCCCAGGGAAGGAGCGAGCUACAUGGUGCUUCCCCAAAUCCUCCCCACACCUGGGGUUUUAAACAAGGUGAUAGAUUCCAGGCCAGCAAGCUUUAUUGCACAUCUGCUUACCCAUGUCUCCUGCAUCUGUGCUGCGGGACACACAUACCCCAGUUCCUGGUGAUUGGACACACAAGAUCCAUGUCUGGGUCCAUCCUAAGUUGCUAUAAGAAAACACCUGAGCUGGGUAUUUCAUAAAAAGAAGAGACUUAUUUAGCUCAAGUUUGGGAGGCUAAGUUGGGCAGCCUACCUGUUUCGUCUCUGGUGAGGCCUCAGAAUAUGGUGAAGAGAUGGAAAGGGACUGGCCACAUGCAGAAGGGACCAAGCAUGUGGUCCCCCCAUGUCUUGCUUUACAACAGUGACUCACUCCGUAUGACCUGCAUCAGCCCUUCCCAGGAUCAGGCCCCAUGACCUCAUUCCCUGGCUCCGGCCUAGCUCUUAAAGGUCCACCACCUCAGCACGCCACAGUGUGAACCUGGCAGGACACUCUCAGGCCACGUCCUGCCCAGGGCCUAGCUGGCAAGCUGCAUCCACCUUCCCGCCAGGAUACUUGCUCUGGGCCUCAUCAUGGCCUUCCCUGACUGCCCUCGCGGGCUCUGGAGUUCCUGCUGGAAAGGACCGGGCUUCGUGCACAUGCACCGGACAGAGCAAGGUGCCCCCAGUGCAGGUCAAGGAGCUGGCUCGCUCGCUCUCUCUCUCUGCAGACCUCCUGCAGACCUCCUGCAGACCCACCGGCCUCCCCCCCACCGAGGAGGUCUCCUAUCUGCCUGGUGGGAUAUGCAGCCUGGUCUGCUACUUCCCUACCAGUGCUGUUCCCAGGACUCCGGUGUCCUGGUCAACCACAGGUGCUGUCCAUGAGCACGUUGGCCCCAGCUCCAGCUCCAGGGCAGGGCAGGGGCUCCCUGGCCAGCCUGGUGCUUCUCCACCACUGUGCCUUCUGCUGGGGCCCAGUCCUUCCUUCCCUGCUCUGUGUGCCUGCUGCCCCCCCACCCGGGGGUUUGAGGGGUGCUGGUGGCAGCAUGCUCUCAGGGCAGGGUUGGAAGUGGGUCAUGCACCACAGCACAGACCUCUGGGCCUCUGGGCGCCCCGUGCUCCUGCGUGCUGCUCCUGGGAGCUUGCACCCUGUGUGUGCACAAGGCCCCGUGCCCCACAGCUCUGUGCUUGUCACAUGCCUCCAUGCUUACUGGGAGUGGCAGCCAGGACACCUUCUUUGCUGACACCAAAGGUCACCGAUUGUGAGUGGGAGCCCUACUGCAGGCCCCAAACUCUCACCAACCUCCCAGGGAGCUGGGGACAAAGACUUCCAUGGGUACCUCAAGACUCCUCUGUGAUCAGAGGGCCAAGAACUUAGAGGCUGCCCCUUGUCAGGUGCAGGACAGGCUGAGUAAGCUGUCUGCAGAGCAGGGUGACCUGGCCACUCAACCCUCUGCCUGGCUCUUUAUCAACUAUUUGCU